AUGAAGAACCAAGGCGGGGAGACCAAAGCAGCCCCGCGGCCUGCCAGCUCUUCCAAAAUGAGCAGUGGGCUGGCGUUGGAGGAAGGCGACUCGUCGGAGGCUGCAGCACCCCUGGAAGCUCCUCUUGCGCAGGAGGACACCAAGUCCUCCCGGCCUGCUGUGCGUGACGUCUCCGAAGAGCUCAGCAGGCAGCUUGAGGACAUCCUGAACACGUACUGUGUGGAUGCCAGCCAGGAGGGCCCAGGCGAGGACGGCGGGCAGAGCGAGCCUGCGGAGCCGGAAGAAGCCGAGAAGUGUCGUAGCGAGUCCCCGAGGAACGGUGAGCAGGAGACGGGCAGCCCCGAGAUGAACGGGGAGAAGGAAAGCACGAAGGGGACUGAAGAUUUUCGACCCAGCGAGGAGUGUGGGGAGCGGGAUCAGAAGAAGGCUCAGGAAAAGAAGAAAGCCAAGGGCCUAGGCAAAGAAAUCACUUUGCUGAUGCAGACGCUGAACACCCUGAGCACACCAGAGGAGAAACUGGCAGCACUGUGCAAGAAAUACGCUGAGCUGCUGGAAGAGCACCGUAACUCCCAGAAACAGAUGAAGAUCUUGCAGAAGAAGCAGACGCAGCUGGUGCAAGAGAAGGACCACCUGCAGAGCGAGCACAGCAAGGCCAUUCUGGCCCGCAGCAAGCUGGAGAGCCUGUGCCGCGAGCUCCAGAGACACAACCGCACCCUCAAGGAGGAAGGUGUCCAGCGUGCGCGGGAGGAAGAGGAGAAGCGGAAGGAGGUGACAUCCCACUUCCAGGUGACGCUGAACGACAUCCAGCUCCAGAUGGAGCAGCACAACGAGAGGAACUCCAAGCUGCGCCAGGAGAAUAUGGAGCUGGCAGAGCGGCUUAAGAAGCUCAUCGAGCAGUACGAGCUGCGGGAGGAGCACAUCGACAAGGUGUUCAAACACAAGGACCUGCAGCAGCAGCUGGUGGACGCCAAGCUCCAGCAGGCGCAGGAAAUGCUGAAGGAGGCAGAGGAGAGACACCAGCGGGAGAAGGACUUUCUGCUGAAGGAAGCUGUGGAAUCGCAGAGAAUGUGUGAGCUGAUGAAGCAGCAGGAGACCCAUCUCAAGCAGCAGCUGGCUCUCUACACAGAGAAGUUUGAAGAAUUCCAGAACACCCUUUCCAAAAGCAGCGAAGUGUUCACGACAUUUAAACAGGAGAUGGAGAAGAUGACGAAGAAAAUCAAGAAGCUGGAGAAAGAGACCACUAUGUACCGCUCUCGCUGGGAGAGCAGCAACAAGGCUCUCUUGGAAAUGGCUGAAGAGAAAACCCUUCGGGACAAAGAGUUAGAGGGACUUCAGGUGAAAAUCCAGCGCUUGGAGAAACUGUGCCGAGCCCUGCAAACGGAGCGCAACGACCUCAAUAAGAAGGUGCAGGACCUGUGUGCCCACACGCCCCGGGCAGACACGGACCUGUUGGAGCCUUUGAAGGAUCCAUCCCGGGACGGCUCCGAGGCGGCGGCGGGAGGCGUUCCAGCAGAGCAGCGCCUGGCCGAGGAUUGCAUUCACUCAGGAAAGCCGACGCACAGCACGGAUCCUGCGGAGAGCCCGGGAGAACUGAGCAUAGGAGCCUUGGGGCAGAGCGGGACUGAGGAGGGCCCUCAGGGUGCUGACUGAGCCCCUGGUGCGGUAGGCAGAGGUAGGGAGAGGGAGGGUGACCUGAAUGUUUCCAUAGACUCGACCUGAUGCCGCUCUCCUGGUGCUUGGACAGGCACGAGAGGACGGCCCUCCUGGGGAUUGGAGAUUUCCUAGCUUAGGUUUUUGGAGGGUUUUUAAAAUUUUAUAUAUAUAUA